CAGGCCCGGAAGCCCCCGGCCCGGCUCCGCUCUCUAGCGCGCGCCCCCUCCCCGGCCUUGUCCUCUCCCUUCCCCCGCCGCCCGAGAGCCCCCCCUUGCACGCUGCCCCCCGCCCUCCCGGCGCCCGGACGAUGCUCAAGUCCCGGCUCCGCAUGUUCCUGAACGAGCUGAAGCUGCUGGUGCUGACGGGCGGGGGGCGGCCCCGGGCCGAGCCGCAACCCCAAGGGGGCGGGGGAGGCGGCUGCGGCUGGGCGCCCUUCGCCGGCUGCUCAACCCGGGACGGCGACGGCGACGAGGAGGAGUACUACGGGUCAGAGCCGCGGGCCCGGGGCCUGGCUGGGGACAAGGAGCCGCGGGCUGGACCACCGCCGCCGCCAGCGCCACCGCCGCCGCCCCCAGGCGCCCUGGAUGCACUGUCGCUCAGCAGCAGCUUAGACAGCGGGCUCCGAACCCCCCAGUGCAGGAUCUGCUUUCAGGGACCUGAGCAGGGGGAGCUCCUGAGCCCUUGCCGCUGCGACGGCUCAGUGCGUUGCACACAUCAGCCCUGCCUCAUCCGCUGGAUCAGCGAGAGGGGCUCCUGGAGCUGUGAGCUCUGCUAUUUCAAGUACCAGGUCCUGGCGAUCAGCACCAAGAACCCACUGCAGUGGCAGGCCAUCUCUCUGACAGUCAUCGAGAAGGUCCAGAUUGCUGCCAUAGUUCUGGGUUCUCUCUUCCUCGUCGCCAGCAUCUCCUGGCUCAUCUGGUCCUCACUCAGCCCUUCAGCCAAGUGGCAACGGCAGGAUCUGCUCUUUCAGAUCUGCUACGGCAUGUACGGCUUCAUGGAUGUUGUCUGCAUAGGCCUCAUCGUUCACGAAGGCUCCUCAGUCUACCGCAUCUUCAAGCGCUGGCAGGCAGUGAACCAGCAGUGGAAGGUCCUGAAUUACGACAAGACUAAGGACAUAGGAGGAGAUGCAGGGGGAGGGAUGGCAGGGAAGGCAGGCCCCAGGACCUCACGGACGGGCCCCGCCUCUGGGGCCACCAGCCGCCCCCCGGCUGCCCAGCGCAUGCGGACGCUCUUGCCUCAGCGCUGUGGUUACACAAUCCUGCACCUCCUUGGACAGCUGCGGCCACCAGAUGCCCGUUCCAGCUCCCAUUCUGGCCGUGAGGUUGUCAUGAGGGUCACCACGGUCUGAAGUGGAUGUCAGGAGUGGGGGUCUUGAGUCAACGCAUUGGCCAGAGAUGAGCUCUCAUGGCUGCCGACCACACUCCUGGCUGGAGGUACCACCUGAACCAGGCAUCUGGGGCACACUUACUGCUCCCACCACUGAGGAUCUCUGUGGGUAGCCACAAGCUGGAGACAUUGUCUAGCCUCCACUGCCCACUGGGUAGAGACACCUGGAUGACAUCCAGCCCUCACUGACAGUUCCUCGCACUCAUCCUGGGGGAGCCAGUGGGCAGAUGGGGAGAGCAGCUUUUCUUCCCUGGAGAGAACCAUCCUUACCUCAGCUCCUAGAGCCUCCAGGCCCCCAGCUCUACUGCAGUGACUUGGUGAAGGGGGACCAAUGCCAGAAGAAAGGGGCUGUAAAUCCCCCACUCCCUACCCAAUGGCCACAGGGCAUCUGGCAAUAAGACUAGUAUACAUUGACCUCCCGUUCCCUGCAUGAGGGCGGGGGGACUUUCCCCUGCUGCUCCCCCCAUGCAAUGGGGGGAGGGCAUAAAGAAUCAUUUAUAUGCACGUGGAGACUCCUUUCUCAUCUGGGGCUUUUCUGGAGGUUUGGGAAGUGUGGGGAGGUUUCUCUGCACAGGUUGCAAAUCCCAAAUGCAGUGAUGGAUUCUGAGUUGAAGGUGUAACUCCCACUUGCUGGUGAAUAAUUCACAUUGGCUGCUAGGUGGCAGUGCUUAGAUGUAUCUAAGGGGUGGACUUGCCACCUGCAGGUUGUAUGGUUUAGAAAAAAAAUCUCUCAGCUGUGUUUUUCCUGUCUACCUCAUAGAACUGGAAUGAGGAUAAACAAGGGCUGGGUUGAAAGCCAUUGCAAAGAAAAUUGGUAAUGGUAUAAAGAGAUUUCUAGCCUACUUGAUGGUCCAUUUAUUUCAAGUAGUAGCUGAUAUAACAAAUUCUAAAAUGUGUUUUUCAUCUGGAGUUGCACAGAGCCUUGGAAUUUUGUGUUGAGUGAUAUAAUAGAUAUGGAAAUACGAGAGGAAAUGGACAUUGUAAAUGUGAAGGAUGGUGGUUAUUUGCAAGAAUGAGAGUCCCUCUGCCCCCCUAAACAUCAGGGUCUGGAGUAUGAAGGAAGGCUGGAGCCAUUAUUAUUGCUCUGGAAAUUGUCUGGGUUCUAUUAGUCCUUCCUAGGUACUGUGCUAACCCAGAGAAGUGGCAAGAGGUUAAUUUAUACGCAUUUGGAGUGAGACAGAGAAGUUGCCAGUUUAAGCUGCUUCCGUGGAAGUUCAGGGUCACAGGCCUGAUCCUGAUGUGCCCAGGCUAUAGAUAUUAACUGAAAGGUAUUGUGCCUCGAGGCAGCAGCAUAGAGGGCUGUUGCUUAUAGAGAAAAGGUUUGGGAAGGACUGGUUAAAAUGUGGGUCAGGCUGAAGCCUAGUCCCUUUCUCCUGAGACCUUGGGGAUAUGUAGUGUAUGAAUUAUGGUGUCCUUUAAGUGAAUUAUUCAUCAGCAAUUAGAACAAUUACUUCAGACACUAAUAAAGUCAGAUCCAGGGGCCUUUCAAAAUCUGGGGCCUUCUCUCAGGGAAGGUUCUGCUCUGCCUCCUUCCUGUGGACAUUCUGGAGAAAAUGCUUCUCUAUUGUUAUCUGACAUUGAGUUGGCCUCUAACUUGUGGUGACCAUGCAUAGCAGAACAUAACAACAGAUGCCUGGUCCUGCACCAUCCCCACGAUCAUUUGCGGAUCAGACCGUCGUGAUCCGUAGCAUUUUCACUGGCUGGUUUUCAGAAGUAAAUUGCUAGGCCUUU